GUUCCGGUUGCGACCCCUGCCGGUUCCCGCGGCCUGGCUAACCGCGGCCGGCGGUGAGCCGCCAUGGCGUACUCCACGGUGCAGAGGGUGGCGCUGGCCUCGGGGCUCGUUCUGGCCGUGUCGCUGCUGCUGCCCAAGCCCUUUCUGUCACCCGGGAAGCGGCCGGAGCCGUCGCCGGGCCCUGAAGGAAAAUCGGGCCGAUUCCCACCUGUAAUGCAUCAUCACUCGGCACCCUCAGAUGGCCAGACCCCUGGGGCUCGUUUCCAGAGGUCUCACCUUGCAGAGGCAUUUGCAAAAGCUAAAGGAUCUGGUGGAGGCACUGGAGGAGGAGGUAGUGGAAGAGGGCUGAUGGGCCAGGUUAUUCCAGUCUAUGGCUUUGGGAUUCUUUUGUAUAUACUGUACAUUCUAUUUAAGCUUUCAAAGGGGAAAACCUCAGAAGAUCGGAAUUCCACUGCCCCACCAGGAAACACCCACAGGAAGAUUACCAAUUUGGAGCUUGUUCAACUGCAAGAAAAACUGAAAGAGACAGAGGAAGCCAUGGAAAGACUAAUCAACAGAGUAGGACCAAAUGGUGAGAGAGCACAGACUGUGACUUCUGACCAAGAGAAACGAUUGCUGCAUCAGCUCCGAGAAAUUACCAGGGUUAUGAAAGAAGGAAAGUUCAUUGACAGAUCCACUCCAGAGAAAGAAGCCGAGGAAGCCCCUUACAUGGAGGACUGGGAAGGUUACCCUGAAGAGACUUAUCCAAUUUAUGACCUUUCAGACUGUAUCAAGCAUAGGCAAGAAACAAUCCUGGUAGAUUACCCUGAUCCAGAGGAGCCCUCUGCUGAAGAGAUAGCGGAAAGUCUGGGAGUGAUGCAAGAGGAAGCAGACCAUUUGAGCUGGGAAGGUCUGCCCACUGACCCUGGAGCCCGGGAAGAGGAUUCUGUCACCUCAUGUGAUCCAAAGCCAGAAACAUGUUCCUGCUGUUUUCAUGAAGAGGAUCCUGCUGUCCUGGCAGAAAAUGCUGGUUUCAGUGCAGAUGGCUAUAGUGAGCAAGAGGAAGUGACCAAAGAAGACUGGCUCCAAGACUUUGGAGAUGAAGGGCUGCGGGAGAGCACUGAUAGUGCAAAUGCAGGGGGCACACUGAGGAAGCGCAGCCCCCAGGGUGUAGAGUGAAAGCAGCAUUUGCUGAGGUUUCCAUUACUCUGUUCUCAAGGUGUCCUGAUUGCAUCCUUGGCCCUGUGUCCUGUACUUCCUUCUCUGUGUUCAACUGUCAUAGCUCUUGGGCCACUACCAUGGAUAUUGUGUCCUUCCUGGUGCUCACACACCUGUCACCUUGUAAUUGUGUGAACACAGGACAGCUUCACUCUCUUCCUGCCUUUCCUCCAUCAGAGAACUCGGCCCAUUCAGUAAUUAUAUUUGGUUGAUUCUACUUACUGGUACCACAGGGGCAAAGGUCUGACCCUAACAGAUAAUUUACCUGUGAAUGGUCAUCAGUUUAAAAGAUGUUGAGGACUUAAGGCUAUAAGAGUCAAGAUUUCAGGCUCUAAAAUGCCUUAUUUGGGGCCAGCACAACAGGGAGGCUGCAGGUUGACUGCAGAGAAUCAGUGGAGCAAGGCCUGGGGAAGAGACUGUGCUCCACACUGAGUGUUUGGGUCCUCUGAGAAAGCAGGGGAGCUAAAUUAGGACGAAGAUUUUUUUUUUUUUAGUUAUUUUUGUUUCAUGUGUAUGAAUGUAUCGCCUGCAUGUAUGUGAGUGCACCGUGUUGUACAAUGCCGCAGAGGUCAGAAGAGGGCUUCUGAUUCUUCUGGAACUGGAGUUAAAGAUGGUUCGUAGCCGCCAUGUGGAUGCUGGGAAUCAAACCCAGGUCCUCAGCAAAACAGUCAGUGCUUUUAACCACUGAGCCAUCUCUCCAGCCCCAGGACGAAGAUUUUGACCAGAGUUAAAGGCCUAUUCUUACUUGCUGUCAGUCUGUCAUCCUGAGUCAAGGCUGGCACUUGUGAAUUCUAAGAAGGAUGAGGCAAUUCAGUUACAUGUUAAGACCUGGCAGUUUAAAGAGGACGUGUCGGAGGACAUUCCCAGUCAUGAAAUGGGAAAGACUCAAACAGUAAGAAAUGAUGUGAAGCUAGGUACAGCUUUUAGAGUUUCACUGUGCUGGGCCUGAAUAUGACACCAGAAGAUGCUGUAGACACUCGUAAGUGUACAGCUACUAUAAGACAUUACUUGUUAAUUGAACUAUAGUCAUUGAAGAUUGAAUAAAACAAUACACCGCA